ACCUCAUGUCUCUCAGGUUAUGAAGGAGAGCGUUGCCAGUUGUUGGUCGAUCACUGCGUCUCCCAGCCCUGCAAGAAUGGAGCCACUUGUUUCAGCAGCCUGGCCGGGCCCAGGUGUUACUGUCCCGAAGGUUACCAGGGUGCUACAUGUGAGCAGAAGGUGGACCCGUGUGCCUCCAGCCCCUGUCACAAUAACGGGACAUGCUACGCCCAGGGCCCCGGCCCCCUGGGGUUUGGAUGUAGCUGCACAGCAGGGUUCACAGGGCCCACCUGCGCCCAGCUGGUGGACUUCUGUGCCCUAAACCCCUGCGCUCACGGGGUCUGCCGCAGCGUGGGAAACAGCUACAGGUGUCUUUGUGUGCCAGACACAAAGAUCUAUCCCUGUGUGUGUGUGUGGGUGUGUGUGUGUGUGUUAGACCUGCAGUGGAAGCCUGCACACACUGAGGACACCUUGACCAACAUGCCUCGCCACUCCCUCUAUAUCAUAAUUGGAGCUCUGUGCGUGGCCUUCGUGCUCAUGCUCAUCAUCCUCAUUGUGGGAAUCUGCCGCAUCAGCCGCAUCGAGUAUCAAGGUUCCUCCCGCCACGCCUACCAGGAGUUCUACAACUGCCGCAGCAUUGACAGCGAGUUCAGCAACGCCAUCGCCUCCAUCCGCCAUGCCAGAUUUGGGAAAAAGUCCAGACCUGCGAUGUAUGACGCCACCCCAAUCGCCUAUGAAGACUACAGUCCUGAUGACAAGCCACUGGUUACCCUCAUCAAGACAAAGGAUUUGUAAAACACGACUGCGUUUCACCAUUACAGGCUGUACACACACACACACACACACACACACACACACACACACACACACACACACAUACAUAAUGCCAGUUCAAAUCUAAAAUAAGAGCAAAAGAAAACUGAAUGUAAAGUGGAAAAAGAAAAUAAUGCAAAACAUAGACUGUAGAUUAAAAAGAGCAAAUCUGGAAUUUGAUACAUCUAUUUUCCUGUCCAAGUUCACAAUAAGGCUUUAUUGUAGCGUAAGAGCAUUCUUUGCAUCACUUAAGUUAUUAAUGAUGACAGGCAACACUACCAGUAAUCUCUGCUGUACAAUAGAGUGAUGACUUUAGUCUGCACCAGACUGUCUGUCUGCAGGUGGGGCCAGCAUCCCGGGAGCCCACAUUUCUAAGCGUAAACUUAGCAGACAGCGCUGACAACAGUCCUUACAGGUGUUGUAGAAAUAGGUGCACUUGUCACUGUAUCUUUUUCUAUAUUAAAAAAACAUGAAAGAAUCUGCAGUAGGUUGCCUUACUUUGUGCAUGGUUAGAUUUGAUGUUCUCUCUGCAAAUAUUUUAAAACCUUUGUACUCAGUUGUUGGUUGUUCUUUUCUUCCCAUUGCACUUGUAUUUCUCUCUGUCAAGAUUGUGCCAAAUGUUUUCUUUAGGGAAUUUUGUGGUUAGUAGAUAAAAUACAUAAAUGUAUAAAAUACUAGUCACAGCCUUUCCCCCCUCCCCCCCUUUAUAUUAUAUUGUCCUGUUCUUUACAUGCAAGUUUCUAAGUGGUGUUUGAAUAGUACAGAAAGUCGGUUUGCUGGAGUACUGUGACCCUACCAUCCUACUGUAUGUUUUUAAGUGAUAUUUAGGAUCAUAGGUAGGUAUACUUCUCACUGCACAGAAAAAUAGUUGGUUCUACUCAGUGUACCUGUUCCUCCCAGUGUACAAAUUCACCUCUAGUGUUGGCAGCAUCGAUUAGUUUCUGGAUGUGAGUUUCUUUGCUAGAGUGGCCUCUUGUUGGCUUUAGUUUGGAGAAGACGGAGGAGAUGUUAUCUAGUCCAGAAUAUAUGUGCUUCUGUGUUCUGCCAGUGGAAAACUUUCUGUCUGUGCAGCUCUGUUGUUCCUCUCGAGGUCAAGCAAUGUUUUACCAAUAGGCUCAGCUAAUCCUACCAUUUUUUUCUCUCGUUUUAAACUGCAGCAACAUGAUAAACUAUUAUCUCUGUUGAAUUAUGUAAACAAUAAAGAUUCAAGUGAACAUAA